UCAUAACAGGUUGACUUAUGAAAGUUGACUCAGAAGGCUAAAAAAUCAACUUCAACUUAUCGAUGUCCUCAUAACAAUGAUAAGAUUUAAUCUCAGUGUGGGCAUAUGUUCAUAUUAUAUGUCAAGCAUAACAAAUUAACAACAUAACAAGAAGCUCCCAAUUUCAAUGUCAUUGUUAACAUUCUUCCUUCUUUCUUUAAUCCCUUAUGCAGCUUCAGUUACAUUCAAUUUCACAAAACUUAGUCCAAAAGAUUCCCAUGAUAUAAUAUUCUCAGGUGAUGCUGCUUAUAGCUCUAAUGAAGGCCUCCAAGUGACCCACAAAAGGAAAGGUGAUCAAUAUGGUUCAGUCUGGUUAGCAGGUCGCGCGACGUACAUCAAACCUCUUCAUCUUUGGGACGCGGACUCUACUGAUCUGGUCAGCUUCUCUACGAGUUUCACAUUUGUGAUCGAUUCGUAUCCAAACAAUUAUUAUGCAGAUGGGCUUACAUUCUUCCUUGCUCAUAAUAAUUCUGUGAUAAAUUCGGGAGGAAUCUUGGGUCUUCCAUUCGAUUCUACAAUCCAAACAAGUAAACAUCGAUUUGUCGCGGUGGAGUUUGAUACUUAUGGAGAAAAUGAUUGGGAUCCAAGAGAUCCAGCUACUAAUAUUUCCAUAGGUGACCAUGUAGGUAUCGAUAUCAACUCUGUUACUUCUGUUGUGUCUCGGAAAUGGUUUAGCAAUAUAACAUAUGGGAAAGAGUGUAGAGCUUUGAUUACUUAUAAUGCUGAUUCUAAAAAUCUUAGUGUUUCUUUCACUAGUUUUAAAAAUAAUUCAGUUGUAUGGGAAACUGGGCUUGAUUACACCAUUGAUCUAAGGCAUGUGUUGCCUGAAUGGGUAAUCUUUGGGUUUUCGGCUUCCACUGGAAAUCACUUUGAGAAAAACAAUGUCGUAUGUUGGACGUUUAAUAGUACUGAUUUAAAGGUUGAUGAAAACAAACGAGAAAACAAUUUGUUGCGUAUGAUGGGAAUAACAUUCGGCACGUUGGUUCCAGUUACUUGCUUGGCUAUAUUUGCAUAUUUUGUAUGGAAUAGGAGGACAGAUGAUGGCUAUGAAGGAGAGGAACUUGGACUGUUGGAGAUGACCAAUGAAAUCGAAAUGGGGGCAUCUAUGCCUAGAAGGUUUUCUUACCACCAAUUAGCUCGGGCAACUGCUAACUUUGCAGAGACAGAGAAGCUUGGAGAGGGCGGUUUCGGAGGAGUGUACAAAGGUUUUCUGAAAAAUGUAAGGAUGUAUGUUGCGGUAAAAAUGGUUUCGAAGACUUCAAAACAAGGGAUCAAAGAGUAUGCAUCGGAAGUAAGGAUCAUUAGCCGAUUAAGGCAUAGAAAUUUGGUGCAACUCAUUGGUUGGUGCCAUGACAAAGGAAACCUCCUGCUUGCUUAUGAAUUUAUGGAAAACGGAAGCUUAGAUUUACAUCUCUUUAAGGGAAAGAGCUUGUUGACAUGGAAUAUAAGGUACAAAAUUGCUCAUGGUUUGGCUUCUGCUUUGCUAUAUUUACAUGAAGAAUGGGAGCAAUGUGUAUUGCAUAGAGAUAUCAAAUCGAGUAAUGUUAUGUUGGACUUAAAUUUCAAUGCGAAGCUUGGUGAUUUCGGUCUAGCUAAGUUGGUUGACCAUGAGAAGGAUGCGCAAACAACGAUGUUGGCAGGAACCUUGGGUUAUAUGGCUCCUGAAUGUAUAGUCACGGGUAAACCAACCAAGGAAUCAGAUGUUUUUAGUUUCGGAAUUGUUGCAUUGGAAAUAGCUUGUGGGCGGAGCGCCAUUGACUACAAGGCUCAAGAAAAACAAACAUGGUUAGUAGAAUGGGUUUGGGAGCUCUACGGGAAUGACACUGUUUUAGGUGCAGUUGAUCCGAGUCUCGGGUUAGAAUUUGAAGAAGACGAAAUCAGACGUUUAAUGAUCCUUGGGUUAUGGUGCGUACACCCUGAUCCAGAAUUUCGUCCAUCAAUGAGACAAGCCAUUAAAGUAUUAAACUCCGACGCUUCACUGCCUUCACUACCCUCAAAGAUGCCAGUGGCAUCUUAUUCGACACCCGGAGUGCCCUCACUAUCCGAUUUCUCUUCCAGUGACCAAUACCAAUCCUUAAGUAGAAGUAUAGAACCUCUUAGCACUGAUUCAUCAAAGAAAACAACAUCAUCAACAAAUUCUUCUUAUUCCAAAUCUAUAUCAGUGUUCCAUUCAAUUCAAGGAAAUGUAUAGAUUAGUGCUAUUAUUUUCUACAAUACUUCUAUUGAAAACACAUAGCAACUUGUACUUCAUCCUUUCCUGAAGGUGGAUAUACAUUUGAAUUUUGAAAUUUUAUGGUGACACGAUUAAGUUUCCAAAA